AUGGCUAAAAUUGGCCAAAAUUGGAGCGGCGCCGUGGAGAUGGACGGCGUGGACGUGUCAACGACGCCGCUGCUGGAGCACCGCGAGGGCGUGGCUGCGGAGGACGGCGCUAACUUCUCGGCGGGCCAGCGGCAGCUGCUCUGCAUCGCGCGCGCGCUGCUCUCGCGCUGCUCGCUCGGGGAGGCGUUCGACGGGCUGCGUAAUGCGACGCAUUUGGACUGGCAAGUGACGCACACGCACCGAGUUUACGUAUUCCCGAGAGGGCGUAAUGUGAUGCGUAUGCACAUGGGCCUCCUUGCAUAUGCGUAG